CGAAAUUUUGUUUAUCUUUGCUUUCAUAAUAAACUCUAAAACUCAUUAGUAGUGUUUUGUUUUUAGCAAAAUGAAAAUUGUUUUGCAUGUUAAUUACUAAGUAGUUGCUCCUGAUUUUCACAGUUGACACCAGCCACGUUCUUACUUUAGUGUUAAAUAAUACAUCAACAGAACAGCACGUACAGAAAUAUGGAGAAGCCUGUGUACAUUUAUAACGACAAAUUAAUAGCUGCCAGUAAUUGUAUCCCGCAUCUCCGAGGACGGGCUCAAAUGGUUCAUGAAUUGAUCAAAACUUGCGGAUUGUUGGAAUUUCUUGAGAUGCGUCCACCCAAGCCAGCCACAACUGAAGAUCUUCUUACUUUCCAUUCCAGUUUGUACGUCGAGUUUUUAACCAACUCCACAUCAGCAAACACUUUUAACAACGACUCAAGCCCUGGUUCAGAGGAAGAAGAGUUUGGCCUAGGAUAUGACUGCCCAACAUUCGAAAAUAUGAUUGAUUUUGGGCAAACAAUAGCGGGUGGGACUAUCGCCGCGGCAGGAGCACUAAUUCAAGGGUCAAAGAUUGCUAUCAACUGGUGCGGAGGUUGGCAUCAUGCCCAGAGAGAUGAAGCAAGUGGAUUUUGUUAUGUUAACGACAUCGUGAUCGGAAUUCAAUACCUAAUGAAACAUUUUAAACGGGUGUUAUACAUCGAUCUUGACUCCCAUCAUGGUGACGGAGUUGAAAAUGCUUUCAGUUACACAAACAGAGUCUUGACACUGUCACUGCAUCAUUACGAGGUGGGAUAUUUUCCUGGUACUGGUCGGAUACAAGAUGUUGGCUACAGUCGCGGAAAGUACCAUUCAGUAAAUGUUCCCCUUAAGAGUGGCGUUGUCGAUGCAAGUUUUAUCUCAAUGUUCGAAAAAGUGUUUCAAUGUGUCGGGGAAAAUUUUUGUGCUGAUGUGAUAGUUGUUCAGUGUGGUUGUGAUUGUCUAUCAGGAGAUCCAUUGGGUAAUUUCAACUUGACGGAAAAGAGUUUAACUCAUUGUGUCAAAACAAUCCUUCAGGCAAACUUACCAACAAUCUUUUUGGGUGGAGGUGGAUAUUCUCUGACCAAUGCGGCAAAAACAUGGACUGCAUUAACUUUCACUAUUCUUAACCGUGAAAUCCCAUUUGAUAUUCCAGAGCACGAUUUUUUCCUUCACUAUGGACCUGAUUUCACAUUCCAAGUUUCAGAAGGAUUGAGAAGAGACGAAAACACUACCGAUUACUUGGCGACAGCACUACAAGAAAUUAAGGAAAAUUUAGAGAAAAUCCCCAAAAUUGCGAAAUCAUCUAAUAUUACUUCAAAUAAUAAUUUCGAAUCCCUUGAUCCUGUUUGUCAGGGCAUUUUAUGAAAUUCGUGAUCAUAGCGCAUUUAAAAUUAUAUACAUAUGUAAUGUUAUUGUAAAUUCUGUGUAGUUUUUUGUUUCGCUAUUAUUAAUUUUCUGUAUAAUAAAUUAAUUUCCUUGAA